AUGUCAUCAGCGGUCACUUACAUCUCCCAUCCAAAGGGUGGACGCAUUGUUUUGGAUCUGCCAUCGAGUGGCACAACACAUAAGAGACGUACACAACAGUGGAUGCAUGGUAGCAGUGGUUGUGAUGUAUGCCAUCUAUGGACACCACACGUAUGGUUAGGCUAUGCAAGCAGUGAGUCAUACACUGGAGGCAAAAGUGCACUCCGUUUGCACACUUUGGUCACUACAGUGUUUCUCGACAAUUCUGGUAAGAAAUGGGAGAAAUUCCAACUGUCCAAUGACUGCAGCCAACUGUCCAAUGACUGCCAUGAAGCACGGCAAGUCUCGUUUGUGACAAGGAGUUGUAAUUCAGAGUUAGCCCGGCUCCUACUCACCCCAACCCCUCCCAUCACUCCUAUCUGUACUCAUCCGACAUCAGUUCCGGUACCAGUUAUCAUGAGAGCACCUCCUCUUCCCAAACCAAUCAAGAAGUUGUGCUCCUCUUCAUUAUCUAAUGGUUUGUCUCAGAAUCGGUCCACAAUUAUCGCGACGAAUACGCGCACAAAACCCAUCAAAACAAGUCCUCCAAAGCACUCAUACUCUUUGUUGAGACCCACUUCGGACAGACCCUCAGUCUUUGUCACGAAUACCACACAAAUAGUACCAAAACCUCCGCAAACACUCAUUCUUACAUCAAUUCCCACACAAACUCUUUCUCAACCAAACACUACAGUAAUACCAAUCCCUCCCGGAGUGGUACAGUUAGUGGUGACAUCGGCUCCACACCUAUCGACCACUACUUCAAAUUUAAACGAUUGUAACAAAAGUGGUCAGUCGUACAUAUUUGCCUCCACUCUCCCUUCAUUUGCGACACCCAUUACCCCCUUUCCAUCGACCACUGGACCAAUUGGUACCAAAAAGCCUGCACUCGACCGGAGGCGUACCUAUCAAUGCAAUUAUGAUAAUUGCACCAAAACUUACUACAAAAGUUCUCACUUGAAGGCUCAUAUUAGGACACAUACCGGAGAGAAGCCGUUUGUGUGUUUGUGGGAGUCGUGCGGUCGACAGUUCUCCAGAUCUGAUGAGUUGUCUCGCCAUAAGCGCACCCAUACGGGAGAGAAGAAGUUCGUGUGUUCCGUAUGCGAGCGUCGGUUCAUGAGGAGCGACCACCUCACCAAACACGUCAAGAGGCACCUCCAGGCCGACCACAAACGCAAACUCGUUCAGCUCAACAUCCGACCCUCACUGAGUCCAGUGGUCACUCCCAUCACAUCCACCGCUACAUUAUUUAUGAUCGAAAAGAAGUUUGCGGUGAUCUUCGCGAACAGUGGCCAACAAACCAUUUUCAUUCACCUCUUCGUCUUCAUAGGUAAAGAACUACUGUCAGUGCACUUAUAUUCGCAGCCGAGACGGAAGAUAAUUAAGUUAUGUCUUAUAGCCAGAACCGGCCGCUGGAAUCACUUCUAUAGUCCACGUCUCCGGCAUGAGAUCGAGAGACGAUCGCACGGAACGGCUGAUUCUAUGUUAGAUGACAUGCCGUUCCCCUUCCACGACCAAUACGUUUCAGAACUGAAUGGCUCACCAUUUCUGGCGAUGCAUACCAUUGUAGUGACAUAUUUGGUCAAACCUUCCGAGUAUUCUUUAGUUGCGUCGAGAGGGUCCACCCAAACGGUCAGUUCCCCUAAAGGGCAGUUUGGAGUACUUGUCGUCAUACAGGAGUUCAUCGCUGACAUGAAUGGGUGUGAUCUCCAGCGCAUUGUCCUCUACUGA